UAUUACUUUAAAGAAGUGUUUACAAAGUAAUCAUGGAGCCCUUAUUAUUUUUCACAUUUGAUUAGAGGAAUAUUUGUUUUUUCAAUUGAAGGGUUAAUCUUUGUAUUUGAAUUAUCUUCAAAUAUUUGACUCACUAAAGACAUAGUGACAUGAUAUGAUUCCAAAAGAUCAUAAUUCAAAGAGCUUAUAGUUAUUGUAAAAUUUUCUUAAGACAAGUAUAUUGGUGGUUACUACUAUGAAUAUGAUUAGUUAGUUAGUAAAGUUGGGUUAUCAUGUAAAACUAGAGAUGAAAUAAUACCAACAAAUUGAAUUAAUAACACCGAUAUGAUUCCCAUAGUCAUAAACGUGCCUAACAAAGUUCUAUGUCCUCCUUAUUUAAGAAGAAAUAAAUCAACUGGUUUAACAAAGACAUUGAUAUAUUUUAGAUAGUGAAUGGCCUGAUCUAUUUUUUUUUGAUUCAUUUAUAAUGAUAAUGAAUUAGAUUUGAAAACC